AUGAUAUAUGAACAACUAGAGCUUCGUAUAACGAACGAAGCGUAUCAUUUCACACCACUGAUAGAGCCAGCAAAAGAAGGGCCUAUUCUGGACCAUAUCGAAACGUUGACAAUCUAUAGAAGCUCUGGCGAAAUUCAAUUGAAUGCACCUCAGAUACAAAACGCAAUAGUGGAAAAUGAAUUGAUGGUCUAUGGCAUACUGGGCUUAAUCAAAUUACAAGCAGGCGAGUAUAUGAUCGUCAUCACUGGAUGUCAAAGAGUAGGAACGCUUAUGCAAGGAUAUGAUGUAUUACGCGCUACGACUUUUCAAAUUCUACCCAUUGCCCGUAACACAAACAGUCUUUCGAGCCAGCAGUUGGACGACGAACAAAAAUAUGUUCAACUAUUAGAAAACCACCUUCAAUCAAAUGGAUUCUACUUUUCUUAUAGAUACAACAUUACCUUGUCGAUACAGAAGCAAGCUUAUUCGGCAGACAAAGGACGGGAUUACAACUGGAGAAACGCAGAUACAAGAUUCUUUUGGAAUCGAUAUCUUUGUGAGAAGUUGAUCUCUGCUACUGCCAACUCAAGGAUACACCAAGACUUUAGUCAUUUUAUCCUACCUGUCAUUCAAGGAUUUGUCUCUAUCAGCCCUUCCGUGAUCAACAAUAGAGCCAUUACAUUCGCACUCAUCAGUCGACGUAGUCAAGAACGUGCUGGAACUCGUUUUUUCUCUCGAGGGCUGGAUGAAUAUGGAUUUGCUUCAAAUUUUGUGGAAACUGAGCAGCUUUUGUUAUGUGAUCCCUCGAAAUCGCUUGUACAAAAUAACUUGAUUCGUGCUUCUUACAUCCAAACUCGAGGUAGUGUUCCUGCAAUAUGGGGUCAAAUUCCAAAUACUCGUUAUACACCCAAGCUAUGGGUCAACGUCAACUUAGCAGACGAAAAAGUCAUAGGCGCCUCAAGAGCUCAUUUCGAUCAGCAAAUCAAAUGCUAUGGACCUCAGAUUUUGGUCAACUUGACCAACACCAAAGGGUACGAAUACCCCGUUGGCCAGCUAUAUGCUGCCAUCGUCAAAGAGCUAUCAGAUCCAUCUAUCAAAUACAUACACUUUGAUUUUCAUCAUGAAUGUAGGAAGAUGAAAUGGCACCGAGUGCAAUUACUAGUUGACCAGCUGGAACCUGACCUCAGACAGCAAGGAUAUUGCCUGUACGACGCUUCUUCAUCAGAGCAGGAUCCUGUCUUGUGUAAAGAGCAAACAUCAGUGGUGCGUACAAACUGUAUGGAUUGUUUGGACAGAACCAACGUUGUACAGAGUACGUUGGGUAGAUGGGUGCUGACGAGACAACUGCGUGAGAUUGGAAUUCUUCAGUCAACAGAAGUAAUCGAGAAUGACGAACAAUUUAUGCAAAUCUUUAAGAACGUCUGGGCAGACAAUGCGGAUGGCUUGAGUAUACCAUAUUCAGGUACAGGCGCUCUUAAGACAGAUUUCACUAGAACUGGUCGCCGCACACGACUUGGCAUGGUAAACGAUUUCAACAACUCUGCUAUAAGAUACAUAAAGAAUAACUACUUGGACGGCUCCAGACAGGAUGGCAUCGAUUUGAUACUAGGCAAAUAUAGGGUGCCACUGUCACACGUACGCAGCCCAUUCCGAUCUACACCGUCAUCCAUCAUUAUCAAGCUUAUGCCUCUGUAUCUACUAAUAUCCUUCACUUUGUUUCUAAUGGUCUUGUUUGCUCCUGAUCUUUUCAGCAUACACUCAUCGCUUGUGCAUAUCACUGCUCUCUCGUUCACUUUCGCUGUCACUAUUACUUGUUGGCUGUUUAUUCAACAUAAUGGUGCUGAAUUCGUGAAUUGGCCAAAGCUCAUACCUUAUCAAGCUCCUCAUCAUGCAUGCUUACAAGAGGAAGGAAGUGUAGUCAAUAACGGUAGCAACAUACCUAACCAACUAGAGGCCAACGUUAAAAAUAAGGCAUCUGAUUUCAUUCAGAAAUGGACAAAUAGACGAAACAGCACUGCGAUAUUAAAUGAAGCAGAACAAGGUUACGAAAUGGUGGCCCCUUUCAAGAAAGAUACUUGA